AGUAACGAGCAGGGUUGGGGUUAGGCGGAGAGAAACAUGUCUAAAGUCCAAAUGCUGAGAGCGUCGGUGAAUCAGAGACUAACUGCGGCUGCUGAAGAGAUAUUUGUGCUGUUUGAAAGAACGAUAGCAGAGUACGAGGAGGAACUUUCUCGAUCUAAAGAGGAGAACAAGCGACAACGCAAACUACUGGACGCUGUUUUCAAGCCUCAACUUCAACUACACAGAGCAGGCGUCCAGCAGCCGUGUGAGAGUAAAGAGGUUCCUCCUGAGUCUCACAAUGUCCAGCAGCCAUGUAAGAAUAGAGAAGAGGUUCCAGGCUCCAGUCUGAACCAGCAGGACCCAGAUCCUCCACCCAUGAAAGAGGAACAGGAGGAAGUCUGGACCAGUCAGGAGGGAGAGCAGCUUCAAGGACUGGAGGAGGAUGAUACCACCAAGUUCACAUGCACUCACUUCUCUGUGAAGAGUGAAGAUGACAAAGAGAAACCUCAGUCCUCACAUCUUCAUCAAACACUAACUGAGCAGAUGGAAACAGAAGCUGAUGGAGAGGACUGUGGAGGACCAGAACCAGACAGGAACUCACAUCCAGAUACACAUUUACUACCUGAUACUGAUGACUUCUCUUUAGAGUCUCAUGAUGCUGACGUCAGUGAUGGUGAUUCGACAGAGACCAGAGAACUUCAGUCAGAUUUAAACUCUCUGGAAAAUACAGAAGUCCUCGUUAGUGACAUGAAGAGUAAUACUGGUUCUGUCAUCUGCUCUCAGUGUGAUGCAACAUUCGGUUUGCCUGGCGUUCACAACUCAAGAGACACAAGUGUGUUGGUGAAACCCCCAAGCCGGUUGGUGGAGGAUCAGAAGCAGCCGGGAGCUCAGUCCGUGUAA